CACAUAUGUGGAUAUAGGAUGUCCUUUAGUUGGGUUACUUGAUCUAUUUAUACUCCUGUUUUGCAUUACAAUCCUUCAUACUCAACACCUUAGAAAACGCAUUCUCAAUUUUCCUCUUUCUCUUUAAUUCUCUUCUAAAUAAAAGGGAAGUUGCUUAAAAAUAUGGCUCUUUGUGGAAAGAGUAAUAACUAUUCUAGUGUUGAUAUGGAAGUGGGAAAAGAAUUAGUUUUAGGUGCAUGGGAUUAUAAAGGUCGUCCUGCUGAACGUUCUAAAACUGGUGGUUGGAAGGCUGCGGCCAUGAUCCUAGGAGGGGAAGCAUGUGAAAGAUUGACAACACUAGGGAUAGCUGUUAAUUUGGUGACAUAUUUAACAGGAGUUAUGCAUUUAGGCAAUGCUGCUUCUGCUAAUACUGUCACUAAUUUCAUGGGCACUUCUUUUAUGCUUUGCUUGCUUGGCGGUUUUAUUGCUGACACUUUUCUUGGACGGUAUCUAACCAUUGCUAUAUUCGCCACAGUUCAAGCAUCGGGUGUGGCAGUAUUAACCAUAUCAACAAUAAUCUCAAGCCUUCGACCACCGCCAUGCGCAGCCAAUUCAGAUGCUUGCAUACCGGCCACAGACACACAACUCGGUGUGCUCUACCUAGCACUAUACCUCACCGCGCUAGGCACAGGCGGAGUAAAGUCAAGUGUGUCUGGUUUUGGAUCAGAUCAAUUUGAUGAAACAAACAAGGAAGAAAAGGCACAAAUGUUAAAGUUUUUUAAUUGGUUCUUUUUCUUCAUAAGUUUAGGGUCACUUGCUGCGGUGACAGUAUUGGUGUACAUACAAGAUAAUAUGGGCAGGCAGUGGGGUUAUGGAAUAUGUGCUAGUGCUAUAAUGUUAGCACUAGUAGUGUUCCUAAUUGGAACAAGACGCUACCGUUUUAAGAAGCUUGUGGGAAGCCCAUUGACCCAAAUAGCCUCUGUAUUUGUGGCAGCUUGGAGGAAAAGGCACAUGGAGAUACCUUCUGAUUCAUCCCUUCUUUUCAAGAUUGAUGAUUUGUUAGAUAGUGGCAAAAAUAUAAAGCAAAAAUUGCCUCAUAGUAAACAAUUCAGGUUUUUGGACAAGGCAGCAAUAAAGGAUCCUCAAAUGCCAGCAAUUGUUACUAACGUGAACAAAUGGUACUUAGCAACAUUAACUGAUGUAGAAGAGGUAAAAUUGGUGCUCAGGAUGCUACCAAUUUGGGCCACGACCAUUAUUUUUUGGACUAUUUAUGCUCAAAUGAGUACAUUCUCUGUCUCACAAGCAACCACAAUGGAUCGUCACAUCGGAAAAACUUUUGAAAUUCCGGCUGCAUCACUCACUGUGUUCUUCGUAGGCAGCAUCCUAAUCACGGUGCCAAUAUAUGAUCGAGUCGUUGUUCCUAUAGCCAAGAGGUUGCUUCAUAACCCUCAAGGGCUUAGUCCACUUCAAAGGAUCGGUGUUGGCCUCGUAUUUUCAAUAAUUUCUAUGGUAUCUGCUGCUCUUGUCGAAAUUAGACGUUUAAAAGUCGCACAAAAUGCAGGACUGGUAAACAAGCCUCAUGAAGUUGUCCCAAUAAGUGUAUUUUGGCUCAUACCACAAUUUUUCUUUGUGGGUGGCGGGGAAGCCUUUACAUAUAUUGGGCAACUAGACUUUUUCUUAAGAGAAUGUCCUAAAGGUAUGAAAACUAUGAGUACUGGACUAUUUUUGACCACACUUUCCCUAGGGUUUUUCAUUAGUUCUGUUCUUGUUAGUGUGGUGCACAAGAUAACCGGUGAUACACAUCCAUGGAUAGCUGAUAAUUUGAACCAAGGAAGGCUAGACUAUUUCUAUUGGUUGCUAGCGGGUUUAAGUUCAUUGAAUUUGUUGGUAUAUUUGGUAUUCGCUAAGUGGUACGUUUACAAGGAAACAUGGCUAGCUGAGCAGGGUUAUGUUGUGGAAGAAGAAAAUGGACCGACUUGCCAUUAGUGUCAUACCUGAAGCAAAAUCAAAAAAAUUUUGCUUCUAUUUAACUUAUUUUGUUGCAUUCUUACAUAAAAGCUCUCACGUUAUAAAUAGAAUGUAUUAAAAUGUGGGAUGGGAGUAUAUCUGUAAUAUGUAUGUUUUGAAUUUUUUAUUCGAUAUGAAAAGAUGUGUGGUUCUUGUAUGGUUAAAAUCCUACUAGCAAUUUAGCUUUUUGUAAACUUUGUGAUGUUGUAAAGGUGCCUGUGAAACAAAAUGGGCGCAAGGCAACAAAAAGUAGUGAUAGAUACUCCUACUACGUACUAGUAAUGUAUUUGGUAAAUGUGGAAUGGGAAAUGCAAUGCUUUUGUUGCAAUUUGAAGAACAUUAGCACUAAUGACCCAAUUGAUUA